AUGACGCGUGGCAAGCAAAAGAUCGAGUCGCAGAAGCGCAACGAAGCGCGGAAUCAAAAGCCCAAGGGCUCGCAAUUAGAGGCCCGCGCCGCGGCUUUCAAGACAACAUGCCCGAUUUGUAAGGUUUUGCUUGCCAAUUACAAUCAGCUGGUUGACCACUAUGGCUCUAAACACCCUAAAGAGACGGUGGUGGUGGUGGGCGACGUGCACGGGCAGCUGCACGACGUGCUGCGACUGCUGCGACUCACGGGCGAGCCGUGCGACUCGCGCUUCUUCGUGUUCAACGGCGACUACGUGGACCGCGGCGCGUGGGGCCUGGAGACGUAUCUUCUGCUGCUGAGCUGGAAGGUGCUGUUCCCCCAGCGCGUGUAUCUGCUGCGCGGCAACCACGAGACGCUGUUCUGCGCCAUGCACUACGGCUUCCAGAACGAGAUCCGCCACAAGUUCCCCGCGCCCGCCGCGCAGCACCUCUUCCGCCGCUUCCUCGCCUGCUUCGAGUCGCACCCCCUCGCUGCCGUGAUUAACGGCGCAGUGUUCGUGUGCCAUGGGGGGUUGUUUCGAAAUCCUGAAGAAGCGGGGGGGAAGGCAAUGAGAGGGGGCGGCGGUGGGGGUGGGGGUGGUGGCGGCGGGCGGGAGAAAGGGAAAGGGAAGGGGAAGGGCGGGAAGGGGAAGGGGAAGGGGAAAGGCCGGGCGGGGGAAGGCGGGAGCGAGAAGGGCGGGACGAGGAGGAGGGGGAAGCGGGAGGUGCCAGAGGUGGAGCUAGGAACAAUCGCAGACCUGGAGGGAACGAGGAGGGGCAUUCUGGAUCCGCAUGGCACGGGGUCGCAUGCGAUAGUGGCGGAUGUGCUGUGGUCCGAUCCGGCUCUCAAGGACGAGCUGCGGCAUAAUGCCACGAGGAAUAUCGGGCUCGUGUUUGGCCCGCAGCAUACGCAGAUGUUCCUGGAAACGCACGGGCUCAAGCUGAUAGUGCGGUCGCACGAGGGGCCAGACGCGAGGGAGAAGCGGCCGGAGAUGAAACCAAUGAGCACGGGCCUCACAGUGGACCACCAGGUGCCUGCCGGCCGCCUGCUCACGCUCUUCAGCGCGCCCGACUACCCGCAGUUCCAGGCGCGCAAGCAGAGGUACAGCAACAGAGCUGCGUACUUGGUGUUUGAGGGCCCAGACUUCGUUGAACCCACCGUGCACCAUUUCGACGCCGUGCUGCCACGGCCUAAGGCAAUGGAUUUCUAUGACGACACGAACAGCUCUUUUCACUCCUGUUCCCUCUCAUCGCUCUCCCACUCCCUCAUCCCCUUCGUCUCUUCCCUCCCUUCUUCCCAGGCAACAGCCUUCUAUGAUCACAUGAAGUGCUUGGAUUCAGAUGAUGCGAUUGAACUCCUUGAAUUCCUGUUCCGUCCCGCCAUGCCUUCUAUCAUUCAUGCCUUGACGGGGGGAGCAGUGAUGGGGGCAGCAGUGACGGGGGGAGCAGCCAGGGGUCGGGCAGUGAAGGGAGUGAGGAUGAAGGGGGAGGGAGCAACCGCAGGGCAGGCACAAGCAAACGGCUGUCCCCAUCAGCUGUUGAUCGCCAUGGGUCUACUAAGCUUCCUCCUAGCGGCUCUCGUUCUCAUUUUAGGCUGCUCCUCUCGUGCCGCGUCGCAGAUCCUCGAUGCGCCUGGCGGCGCGAUGGGCGGCGACGGCGGGAUCGAACGCGCCAUGUCGCUGUAUCGGGCCUGGGAGGAUAUCUACGGCUUGAAACCCUCCAACCACCUCCCUCCCGCCAACAUCUCCCUUCCGCCCAACGUGCCCCCCGCGCCGCACCUCGAGGACUGCGCGGCGCGCACGGCGUUCCGCCAGGCGGCGGAGCAGCGCGGGGCGAACGGGGAGGACCCCGCGUGGGCGCGUCCCAGCAACUGCUGCGGCUGCAACCCGCAACCCCCUUUCCCUCUCAACCCUCUCCCGUCCCAUAGGUCACGUUGCCCCUCAUAUAACUGCCCCUAUGCCCAUCCUCUCUCCCUUCCGUCCCCCUCCCCCUUCCUUCCCCUUUCCCCCUUCCUUCCCCUUCCCCUUUCCUUCCCCUUUCCCCCUUCCUUCCCUUUCCCCCUUCCUUCCCUUUCCCCCUUCCUUCCCUGUCCCCCUUCCUUCCCCUUUCCCCCUUCCUUCCCCUUUCUCCCACCCUUCCCCCCAGGUGCGCGGAUCCGAUGCGGGCAACCUGCCUCUAACCCGCGUGGCGCAGAGAGACCUGUGGGCGCACCAGUCUCCCGCCUCCUCCUAGUCUCAAUCCCCUUCCCUUCCCCUCUCCCCACACACCCCCCGUGCUCCCCCUCCCGCCCACCCCUUCCCCAGUUCCCCGCCUCCUGCGCUGGCAAGCGCCUGCUGCUGCUCGACUGGCCCAACCCCCCCCCUCCCGACUCCGCUGCUGACGCCUCCGCUGGUGCUGCUGGUGCUGCUGGUGGUGCGGGUAGUGGUGCGGUUACCACAGGGUCGGACCUGCCGUUGCUGCUGCAGUGGGCAGCAGCGGCGCUGGGACUGGCUGUGCGGUUUGACCGCGUUCUGGUGAUCAGAGGCGCGUUCCCCCCCUCCAAACACGGCCACUGCAACGACCUCUCUGCAUCAGGCGCGCUGCGCUGCUACUUCCUCCCCUUUGUCUCCCAGGACUGCGAGCACGCGGCUCUAGACGCCACAGCAGCCAGCACACUUUCACUCCGCUCCCGGUGGGGCAAGGCGUAUCAACAGCAGGCGAGUUUGUUGGAGGUGGAGGGAGUGGUGAGGAACGACGAUGCCACGCUCAAGGCCUACUGGUGGCAGGCCCAAGCCGUGCGCUUCCUCCUGCGCUGGCCCUCGGCGCUCCUGUGCCACGCCACCAACCGCAUGCGCCACUCCGCGUACGGGCUGCGCGUCGCCACGCACCUGCUGCUCUCCCGCAACCAGCAGACCGCCAUCAUCCGCAACGUGGCCAACCCAGACGGCACGCCCGAGAACAUCAACAAGAUCAACGGCUCAGAAGAGGCCGUGGCUCUAUCCCAUCUCAACUUCACCUCUGCUUGGACUCUGCACUCCAGGGGGUGGCUCGGGGAGGGGUUUGCGGGGUGUCCUGAUGCGAGGGGUGGUGGGCUGACUGGGAGAGCGGAGGAGGAUGAUGCGUUUGCCAAGUCGGAGAAGAACAGAGGGAGGGUGGUUGUGGAUAGGGAUUACGAGGGGGUUGGGGGGGAGGUGUAUGUGAUGCGGCCAAUCGUGAGUGUGCAGCUGGCGCUGAGUGGCGACAGAGGAGGGGACGAGGGAGGGGGAGGAGGAGGGGCAGGAGGGGUGGGUGCGUCGAAGGGGUUGGUGGGGGAGGAGAGGUGGGGGUUGAUGCUGAGUGCGAUGAUGGGGUUUGUGCAUCGCUUGCGGUUGGCUGUUCCGGAUAUGAGAUACAUCUGGCUCAGCACUCUCGCUCAGUCGGUGAUAGAGGAGUCGCACCACCACCCCGACUGGACCUUCAUCCACUCGCAAAACGCCCGCUUGCAACAAGGCCAAGCGUUUGCCGAGUAUGAGAAGGCGGUGGGGUUACCAGAGGCGACUCCGCCGUUUCCGGCAUGGAUUGCGCCGACGCUGCGCCAGUGGCACGUCAGCGCGGCAUCGGGCUGCUGCAUUACGCUCGUGCUCCUAUUCUUGUACCUCUUCCUCUCGGGGAGGGACUCGUUUUCCCUCCUGCUUGCCUUCCGCGCCGGACCGCCGCGCGACUGCGACCCUCUCCAGCUCUCCCCAAUCGCCGCCCCCUGCCCCGCCGCGCCCAGCCCUCCGCAGCCCUGCGCGCACGCGGAUCCCCUAUGCUUUGCCCCCACUGACCCCUCCCCCCGCGAGCCCGCGAACCUGACCCUAUGGCGCGCGCAGCUGCGCGGAGUGGUGCUGGCGCUGCUGUACAACCGCGCGCCGCACGUCAACGCGUCCGUGGCGCUGCUGAGGCGGGUGUACGGGCGCGUGUUCCAAGACAUAGUGGUCUACUCCGACGACGCAAUCCCAGAGCUCGGCGUGCUGCCGCUGCGAGCAGCGGGGGUGGAUGGCAGCAGCAAUGCGAGCAGCACGAGCAGCAAGCGCACGCUGUGGUAUUUCGCGCACGCCACGCUGGCAGACGUCUUCCAUCGCUACCCCUCUGCGGCCGGCGUGCUCUGGUGCAACGACGACGUCAUUCUCAACUACUGGACCCUUGCCGGUGCCAAUACGUCACGCAUCUGGUUGGCCAACAACCCCACUCUCACUUACCGCUGGGUCUCCCUCUCCCCCUCGGGCCCAUUCACUCCGAACACGCCCGAUUACACCAACCUCCCCCGAAUAAGACAAAUGGUGCGCACGGCGCUGGACAGCCUGUCACCGCCCCUGCGUGCGCAGUUUGAAGAGUCGACUGUGGAGCACAAGGGGAUGUACACGAAGCGGAUAGUGGAUGUGGUGUAUGUGCCCAUGCGCCUUGCGCCUGUUAUUGCCCAGCACCUGCUGCCUGCGUUCAGUCGCGUGUACUCAGAGGUGGCCGUAGGCAACAUGCUACUGUGUGUGGAGCCCUUCUCGCAGUGGGACCCAGCGCUCGACACCAUAGUCUACCUCUGGGACGCUCAGCGCGACGAUGCCAACGCGUCCUACUCCACGCGCAUCCCCGCGCUGCACCCCUGGAAGCUCAGCACGCGCGACUCGCAGCAGCUGCUGCUGCGCCGGAUGAGAGACGCGGAUCCGUCUCUAGACGAGGUGUAUCGAGAGUUCUUUUGUGAUAGCCCCGGUACAUAG